UCAAAAUGGCUGACUUCCUGUCUGAUUUCAGGCAUGGCUCCAAGAGGAUUUUUUUUGUGCGUCUUGGGAUGAUACAUGUACCACAAAAGGUUUGUGCAUCUUGGAGAUUCAAUGCGCAGGGGCUGCAUCUUUGAAGGGACACUUCCUUAUUCCAGCAGGUGGUGCUAUGAGGAUGAGUGAAUUUUAACCUGAAGACGUGUUCGGGGCGUGACUCUUAUCAAAUGGUGGACCAUGGUGGAGAGCAGAGGUUAAAACCUGGUGUGAGGAAGUAUCUCUGUGAACUCACACUGGACACAAACACAGCACACACAUACCUCAAACUGUCUGACAACAACAGGAAGGUGACGCUGGUGAGAGAGGAGCAGCCAUAUCCUGAUCAUCCAGAGAGAUUUGACUUCUGGGAACAGCUGCUGUGUAGAGAUGGUCUGACUGGUCGCUGUUACUGGGAGGUCGAGUGGAGAGGAAAAGUUGAUAUAUCAGUGAGUUACAGAGGAAUCAGAAGGAGAGGAGACAUUAAUGACGGCGUGUUUGGAAGAAAUGAUCAGUCCUGGAGUCUGUACUUCUCUGAUUGUCGUUACUCUGUCUGUCACAAUAACAGAGAAACUGUCCUCCCUCUCUCCUCCUCCUCCUCCUCCUCCUCCUCUAACAGAGUAGCAGUGUAUGUGGACUGUCCUGCUGGCUCUCUGUCCUUCUACAGAGUCUCCUCUGACACACUGAUCCACCUCCACACCUUCAACACCACAUUCAACUUCCAGUCCUGUGGUUUAAAUGUUGGUUAACUUUAUGUUAACAUCUGGUUCACUGAUUGUGCCUUUAAUAUCAGAAAUGUGUUUUCUUAGAAAUGGUGAAAUGAUCUCCUCAGCGCUGAACUUGUGUUUAUACUGUGUUGACUUUGCUUUUCACUUUCAUAAAGUUUUCUUGGAGCAGCAUCUAGUUGCUGCUGAUGGCCGCAGAGCUUCUCAUUCACUUUAAUGAAGCUUUAAAGACAGAGUCGAUGUUCAACAAUUAUAUUUGUUAACAUCCUACAUGUUUUUACAAAUAUAAAUCUGUUUUAGUUUGAAAAAUACUGAAUAGAUCACUUAGGCAGCUGGUGUGAAUAAGUUUUUGAAUAUGAGUUCUGGCUAGAGGUUUGUGGUCGGGGUGAAUUUACCUGCAUGGUUGAGGAAAGAAAGUUGUAGCACGAAGUGAUGUGGACAGUGAAGACUAAGAGGAUGAUGAAGACUGGGAGUAAGUAUGACAACAAGACUCAAAUUUAAUUCACUUAAAAUCAAUGGGCUUAUGAUGUGUUUGCUUCCUGUCCAGCAAAAUUACUUUCUGCAAAUUCAUCUGUUUUUUGGAACAGAUCUGAUCUGCUUUGGCUUUAGCUGCUUCUUUAUGUUGCGUUAUCAUGUGGUUUCCUGUGAUAUGUGUUGUGAGGCUGUUCAGAGAGUCUGAGUUCGUCUGGUAGUCUGAGCACCACAGUCCACAAAACUGAAAUUUUUUACCAAUAUUUAUUACUUUUCUGAGUAUGUAUGCAAUAAAAAUGGUGAUCAAUACUACUACUAAACUAGUAAACGCUGUUACCACAUUGUAAAAUUUGAUCAGAGUGCAGAACGUCUGCGCAUGUGUCAGUGUCUGUUAAUUAUUUUUUACUGCUUACACCACAACUAACUACAGACUAUAACUAGAGACUACUGUGGAGGAUCAAGCCUGUUGUCAGUGGUAAUUACAGCUGUUGGCAGUUUGGGGAUCGUCAGAACAAAGCCAAGUUUUGUAAGUAGCCUGUUGACCACUCUGCAAGGUAGUGUAGCAGCUUGAAAAAGCCACUGGUUUAGCAGAUCCCGUAGUGUAACCAGAGCACACAGAGGAAAAGUUGCAGAGUGUGAGAAAAUGAAUCCAACUAGUAGCGUAACAUAGAAAACCAGCUUAGUGAAGCAGAAGGAGUAGAAUCGCAGAGUAGCUGGAGUUAUGCGUAUUAUUUUUGAGCAAGAGAAGCAGCGACAAACACACACACACACACUGACGCAGUGAUUCUUAAUCACUUCAGUAAAGAUUCAAUGACAAAAAUAGAGUCGAUGUUCACAGAUAUAUGUAUUUGUUUAAUGUUUACUUCCUGCUUGUUUUUACAAAUAUAAAUCUGUUGUUUGAAUAUUAAAAAUGUGUUAGAAAGGU